AUGAGGCCCGGGCUGGUGCUAGUGCUGCUGGUGGCGCUAACCCUGGCCGUGGGGUCCCAGCCCCAGAAAAAUUUCCCUAAGGAGUCCAACGCCCUCAACUGGGGCAAGUUCUCAGGGUUCUGGUACAUUCUUGCGGUGGCCACUAAUGCCCGGGGCUUCGUGCCGGCCCCAGACAAGAGGAAGCUGGGGGCGUCUGUGGUGAAGGUGCACCGAGGAGGCCACCUGAGGGUGGUCGUCGCCUUCAGCAGGUCCCAGGGCUGCCAGUCCCAGGAGCUGAUCCUGAGGAAAGACAAGAAGAAGCCGGUGUUCAGGAAUACCUUGAAGGGGGUGAAGGGCUUCCACGUGCUGUCCACUGACUACAGCUACGGCCUGGUGUACCUCCGCCUGGGGCGUGCCCAGCGCAACUACAAGAACCUGAUGCUCUUUGGAAGACAGAACAUCUCCAGCUUCCUGAGUCUGCGGGAAUUCCUGGACACCUGUGCCACCCUGAAGCUCACCGAGGAGGCCACCAUCCUCCCCAAAGAUGCGUCCUGCGCACACACCCUCCUGCCCUGA